UAAAUGAAGACAGAGCCCGCUCAAGAAAAGGAAAUUAUGAUGAAGAAGCUGUGAAAGAAGCGGAAGAAAUGGCACCGAAUUUCCAGUUUGCACCAACCGAUUUUGAUCCGGAUUUAUUGAAAUCUCAUGAAGGCCUGCAUGGUUUGGGCUAUCAAGCAAUACAAUCCACGUCAGUGCUGUCCGAGAAAUAUGGCACCAUCGAGGCUGCACUCAAAACACGGGCAUUUGGAGUUGGAGCAUUCGAGGACGAUGAUGAGAGCAUCUACACGAAUUACGACUUUUCGCAGUAUGACUUCUCAAUCGGGCCCGGAGGAAAAGCAGCAUAUGCUUCAUGCAGCGCAAGUGACACAAGUUUUAUUAUGGCUGAGAAACGACAACCAGCAAGGCAAUUUUUUGAGCCUCCACGUUUGCCAACCAAUUUUCGUCCCAUUCAUACUCCGAUACAUCCGGACAUCUCGCGGAUGCCUGCCAAUAUCAAGCAGUUCGGUGAAAAAAUGAAUCACCUACAGCGAGCUAAAUUAUUGGGCGAGGUUGAUCCGAAAGCUGUGCUGGAAUUGAUACACGAUAAAGACAGAAAAAGGCUGACUGCAUCUGCUUCUCGUACCUCAAUGAAUAGUGAAGAUUUGUUAAAAAAUGCAUUUGAGGAAGAGCCUAUGAAGCAAGCACGGUUCAAGCAAUAUGUACAUUAUUUGAAGCGAGGACUCAGCUUUCCUCGGCCAUCAGAUCUGACAACAUUGGAAUGGGAGCAAGAGCUAAGCGAUUUUCAAAAUAUCCUUCCGCCGGAGCUGCGAUCGCUUUUGCCGGAGGUCCGAAUGCGUCAGAAACCACUGGUGCGCAUCGAUAUUGCUGCGCCAAUUGCCGACGUUUUGAAGUCGAAAUUCACUUCCAGCUCAGGUGCUUCCUCGUCUAGCAAAAUGUUUGGUGAGAAGACUCGGUCAGCCCAUGAAUGGCAUCCUGCUAAACAACUUGCGAAGCGUUUCAAUGUACCCGAUCCUUACCCAUCAUCCACUCUUCUUGGAGUACCACAUCUACAGAAAGCAACAAAAACUGAGACACUGGCGAAUCUUGGCGCAAAUGUAUUACCUGUUGGUUCAACAGCACAAGAACUGGAAUAUCGCGCAGACAUCGAAAAGAGAGAAUCGGAAAGGAAAAAAGAGAUUUCAAAAGAGGAAAAACAGGAUGAUAAAACUCCUGCGGACACUACUGAGAAGGCAUCAGAAGAAUUUUUGAAAGCUAUCUUUGGUGGCAGUGACGACUCUGAUACAGAUGACAGUGAUGUUACUGAAGAUGACGAACGAAAUAAUGAUCAGGACACUGCUCUACCAGCAUCGAAAGACUUAUCUGAUGAUAAGACAGCCAGGGAAGUUGCCUCUGAGACUGUAGCCACUGAAGAGAAAGUGAUCACAAUUAUGGAUAUACCACUGAAAGAGGAUGAAAAUGAGCAGUUUGGGCCAGCUUUACCGCCUACAUUGUCCAACGAAUCCAAGCCGUACGUUGCUGUUAAAACAGAACGUAAGUUUCGUUUUACUUGGAUGGAUAUUUGCUUCUUCGUUACCAUGUAAAC